AUGGCUUCCGAAACUAUCACGAUUCCUAUCACGCUGGAUUUCCAAAUCACCGUGGGUUACACCAAACCCUCGAUCGGUAAACUAGCUGCGCCUGAGCCGCGCGAAAUCUUACCGGUUGGCCGCACCUUCCAAUUCCAUGCCGCUCGGGUCCUGAACAACUGGACUUUAGCCGAACAUGAAGCUGCCAUCGCCAAGGAAUUAGAAGCUGCCAAGAACGACUCGGCUGAUGAUCUUGGUGAUGAAGUGGAUGAUGGAGUAGGAGAGGAGCCUGAAAGUAGAUACCUGCUUGAGCUCGAUCCACGUGAUUGGAAGAAUCAAGACCAAUAUGCCGUGUUGGGAUUAUCUUCAUUGCGCUGGAAAGCUACGCCUGAUCAAAUCAAGCGGGCUCACCGAAAGAAAGUCUUGCGUCAUCAUCCCGACAAGAAAGCUGGACAAGCGGGCAACGCGAACGAUGACAGCUUUUUCAAAUGCAUUUCUAAAGCCUACGAGACAUUGUCAGACCCAGUCAAGCGACGACAAUUUGACUCGGUCGAUGAAGAAAUUGAUGAUGGAGACAUCCCAUCUGAAAAGGAGGUGAAUGCGAGCCCCGAAGCUUUCUUUAAACUCUAUCGCCCCGUGUUCGAACGAGAGUCUCGAUUCAGUAUCCAUCAGCCAGUCGCUUCCAUAGGCGACAUUAACAGCACUCGGGAAGAGGUCGAAAACUUCUAUGACUUUUGGCUCAAGUUCGACAGCUGGAGGAGCUUUGAAUGGAAGGAUAAGGACGCCAAUGAAGGCUCUGACUCACGAACUGAAAAGCGACACAUUGAAAACAAAAACCGUUCUGAGCGCGAACGCCGUAAAAAGGAGGACAACGCGAGACGAAGGAAUCUCGUUGAGACCGCCUUGUCCCUCGAUCCACGGAUGAAGCGGUUCAAGACGGAGGAACGUUUGGCCAGAGAGGCGAAGCGCAAAGGACCCAACGCCUCGGCUACCACACCUCCGACGCUCUCUGCCCAACAGAUAAAAGAAAAGGAAGAGGCCGAACUGAAAGCCAAACAAGAGUUGGAGAAAAAGAACGAGGAGUCGAAGUCGGCCAAGGAAGCCGCGAAGAAAGCGAAGGAGGCCGCCAAGAAAAACUUGAAAAAGGAGAAGAAAACGAUCCAAGGUAUUGUCACUGGAUCCAACUACUUCUUGGCCGACGGUGAAAGUGCCAAUGCGAGUGUGAUCGAAGGACAACUGAGCGAAUUGGACAUCUUGACCGCCGCCCUUGAGCCCGAAGAAGUCACCGAGCUACGAAAGGAGAUGGAAAGUAACCAUGGCCAGGGUAAACCAGCUGUCAAAGCUGUCAUCGUCCGAUUCGCUAAGAAACUCUCGGAUGCCAACAAGGCCACGUUCAAGCAAUUUGUUUAG